GUUGGUGUAGUCCAGCUCCGAGGCUGUGCCUGGCAGAGCCGGCUGCUCCUUCCCCCGCCCCGGCCCUUGGGCUGCCAUUAGCAGGAGGUGCGUCAGCGGCUGCCGGCGGGCAGGGAAGGUGCUUCCGGAGGCGGGAGGUCAUAGCGUGGAGCAGCACGCUGCUGCCCGUUGCUGCGGCGGUGGCGGAGAGAGAGCGGAGAGGGGCGUGGGGUCAGUCCGCUGGCGCUGCGGGCGAAGGCACCGGACGGCUCCGCCAUGUCCUACUGCAGGCAAGAAGGAAAAGACAGAAUUAUAUUUGCGACCAAGGAGGACCAUGAGACACCAAGCAGUGCUGAGCUGGUUGCAGAUGACCCAGAUGACCCUUAUGAAGAACACGGCUUAAUAUUGCCCAAUGGAGAUAUCAAUUGGAAUUGCCCAUGUCUGGGUGGAAUGGCAAGUGGUCCCUGUGGAGAACAGUUCAAGUCAGCCUUUUCUUGUUUCCACUAUAGCACAGAAGAAAUAAAGGGAUCAGACUGUGUGGACCAAUUUCGUGCCAUGCAGGAAUGCAUGCAAAAGUACCCAGAUCUUUACCCUCAAGAGGAUGAAAAUGAAGAAAAGGAGAAGUCAAGCAAAGAUUUGGAGGCUACUCCUAUGGAGGCUCCUGUUGCCAAAGAGCAAAAGGGAUCUAGCUAAUGAAGAUGCAAGGAGGCUGGUGUCUCCAUUUCUCAUUUUCAGAGACAUGGACUUUUGCAGUAUGUCUGUCUUUUGAGUCAAGAAAUGUUUCAACAUUGUUCUUUACACUGUAUCAUAAUAAAUAAUUUAUUGCUGAUGGGGAGAUUUCACUGCUACAGCCUUGGAAAUAAAAUACUGCAAAAAGAAUGAGUAUCUAUCUGUAUGUACUGCCUAACCUGUCAGACACAGUUACCACUUUAACAGCUGUUUUUACCCUCAAGUUCUCCUUGAGUUUUGACUUGAAUACUGUCUUUAAAUAUAUAUAGCUUUCAGCUAAAAUUCCAGUAGCACACCAGGUCUGUCUUCAUUUCAGUAUGUUCUGAUCAAUAGCUGCUCUUUUUUAAUGUAUUCUGUUCUAUUAAUAGAAAAGACAUUAAAUGAUUUUUUUCUUGAAGAUUUUUUUUUUUAAUGCCUGAAUACAGUCAUUGAAAAUGGCCUAAAUCUAGAAAUUGUGAAGUAAUUUCAAAUGGCCUUACUAGAUCAUGGUUGCAUUUUAAUACCAGCAUCAGGUAAGGACUGCCAGAAAAAAUGUUGAAAUGUGCUUCUCCUUUGAUUUUGCUUGCUUAUUGUGUUGGGUUUUGCAUUUUUAACAGUGUCUUGUGCAACCAUUGACAGAGGUGAAUAGAAAGAAUGCAGAUCACUGGCUUUAUUUUUGCUCUGAAACCACAGUUUUUGGGUUCCUUUUAGUUAGUGCCUGCUUCUCCAGUGUAUAGACAGGCUCUUGUAAAGUACUUUGAGAAUACAACAAAAAUGUUACCUGGUGUAAUGAUCUCCAAACAGAUACUGUGACUUAAGUGCAUAUUAAAAACCGAAUACUUUUUACCUUAAUUGAAAACUUC